AAACGUAUGUAUGUGAUUUCGUUCUGUCGAUUCCGUUUCCGCGCGGCGGAACGCCGCUCCUCGCGUGAAUAAAAGAUCAAAGAAGGACGUCUCGCCCUCGAUGGCGUGGGUAGCGAGAUGGCUUUGCUUACCGCGCGCCUUCACAGUAAGUUUGGAGCUUGGUCAACGCACAUGAAAUCGAAUAGACGAUAUCAAGAGAAACGGAUAUCAAUAAUUUCAUUCGGCUUGUGCGUGAUAAUUGUUUGCAAUUGGAUCGAUCUUGAUUCUUGAUCUAUCGACUUGAUUCUCGAUUAAAUCAACAUUAAAUAAAGUACAUAUAAUUUUCCCAUUAUUGAAGUGCAUUCUUAUUUACUUGCAAAUCGAUUAAUAUUGCGAUGAUGAGAAGCGCAUUUUUUGAAAGUAUUUCUGUGCUUCGAUAUUAACUCAAAUAAAGAUCUAUAAUUGAGACUGCUUUGACUAAGAUCUUGGUGUAACAUGGAACAUACACGUGUAAGUAUAUAUGUAGCCUUAAUUAAUUUGUUAUUAAUUCUUAGAAAAAGAUCCAUAGCGAUUCUUCAUAAUGAAGAAAGCAAGGGACUGGAACAACGAAUCUCAUUACGCUCUAAAUGUUUACGAAAAAGUUCUCGGUAUAAUUGGAAUUUGGCCUUUGAAUGCGGGAGAACUUAAAUCCAUCGCACGAUGUUCCUUAGCCAUUUUGAUCCAGAUCAGUACUAUCGCCAGCCUGUCUCUGGAAGCGUACCGGCAGUGCCUCGGUACCGAGGACAUGAUGGAGGCUUUCCUAAUGGACCUCUCGUCUGUCGUCAGCCUCUCCAAGCUUAUCGUCAUCCGCCUCACUUGGAGGCACACUUAUAUUCUGGUGACUUCCAUUGUCGAUGACUGGUCGGUGUCCCGGGACACGCUACAGCGAGAGGUGAUGAUGAGAUACACCCACGUCGGCAGGAUUGUGUCUUUGACAAUGUUGUACCUGGGCUACGCAUCGGGCGUCUCGUUCCUCUUCAUGGCCGUGCCAUUCGAUAGCUUUAUACCCUGGCUAAAUGUCUCCAAGGCGAAUGACAACGACACGGCUGUGACUACAUAUUUUCUGGCGACUUACUGCGUCUUUGGGUCGUUGCCAACGAUUACUUACAGCUGCGUCUUGCUGCUACAAGUGGCGCAGAUCUUCGUCAAUGCCACUUCGCAUUGCGGAAAUGAUGGUUUCUUCUUCGGUCUCGCUAUGCACCUAUGCGGACAGUUCGAGGUACUGCAAAUGGAUUUCGCCGGCAUCGAACCGGAAGAGCGAACCUGCAAAAAGAGGAUACGGAUGUUAAUCGGCAGGCAUUGCCAUUUGAUAAGAUUAGCCGAUAGUUUCGAGUACGCAUUUAACAUGGCUAUUUUCGCGCAGGUGUCAAUGAGCGUGUUACUGCUUUGUGUGGAAGGUAUGCAGUUGAUAAUAUCGUUGAAGUUAAAUGAUAAUGUCGCAGCAAUAAAGCACGUUGUCUUGAUUCUAACGAUGCUGGUGCAAUUGUAUCUCUAUUGCUACGCUGGUGGCCAGUUGGAAUAUGUAACCGGAAGGAUCGCGUACAGCGCUUAUAGCAGCCCGUGGUACGAUUUUAAUGUAAAGGUAAUGAAAAACCUGCCUAUGGUGAUGUUUCGAGGAAGGAUGCCUCAUCAAACGACAGCUGGGAAAUUCCUGCCGAUGAAUUUGUUUUCAUUCAAAGAGAUUUUGAAAGCCACGGGCUCCUAUCUCUCCGUUCUCAGAGUGAUGAUAGAUGUGUAAAAUUGAUAUUGACGGCAUACACGAUUAUAAAUUAUGACUGAUAUCUUCAAAGCAAUGUUUCCUUUCUUCGUUUUCUUCGAUCUUGCAUGUAUGAAUAGUUCUAUGCGAAUCUACGUGCAACAUUGAUUAACAUAUAUAUUUUGCCAAACGUUAGAUAAGAAUACCAUUAUGGCUCGAACGUUUUUAUUCGGUUUGGUAUAUUAUGAAUAUGCCACGUUGUAAUAAAUCGAGCAAAACGCACAAUCUUCAACUCGACAAUCAUCAACAUGAUAAU